CGGGCGUGUCCUUGGAUUGCCAAUCACUUCUUCCGUCCCCUUCUUUCUGCGGUCGCGUUUUGGGACCAAUCGGCACCCGUCAUCCCCCCGCCCCUACACAAGCCUCGGAUUGGUCCGGGGCGGCAGGCUCGUCGUCUCUGUCAUAGGCCGUAGGAAAGCUUCGGAGCCGGCACCUUGGGGUUGUUGUUUCUUUGGGACCGUUGAUUGGUUCAGAGGAAACGACGUCAUCCCACCCCACUCCUCCCCAGCCGGCUGCCCAUUGGGCCGGGCGUGAUCCCUCCCAUUGCCCCGCCUCCCUCCCCGCGGAUUGGUCCCAGGAAGGACCCGUCUGUCGCGGUUGUAUCUGGGAAGGAGAGAAAAUGGCGGCGGAGCCGAGCAAGACCGAGAUUCAGACUCUCUUCAAGAGGCUCCGCGCGAUUCCGACCAACAAGGCAUGUUUCGACUGCGGCGCCAAGAACCCGAGCUGGGCCAGCAUCACGUACGGCGUGUUCCUGUGCAUCGACUGCUCGGGGGUGCACCGCUCCCUGGGCGUGCACCUGAGCUCAUCAGGGUCCACGGAGCUGGAUUCCAACUGGAGCUGGUUCCAGCUGCGCUGCAUGCAGGUCGGGGGCAACGCCAACGCGACGGCCUUCUUCCGCCAGCACGGCUGCAGCACUAACGAUGCCAACAGCAAGUACAACAGCCGGGCCGCGCAGACGUACCGGGAGAAGAUCCGGCAGCUGGGCAGCGCCGCCCUGGCCAAGCACGGCACCGACCUCUGGAUAGACACCGGGAGCAGCGCCCCCGGCCACUCCCCGGACAAGAAGGACUCGGAUUUCUUCACCGAACACACCCAGCCUUUGGCCUGGGGCACGCCAGCCUCCGAGCCUCGGGUCCCCGAGCAGCCUCCGUGCCAGCCUGUGGAGAGCAGCGUCCCCGCCCAGCCCAAGCAGGGUCCCACGGCCGACCUGCUCAGCACGUCUCCAAACCCGUGGGUUGCAUGGUUGGCUCAGGAGUUGCAGAUUGACCGCAAGAAAGAGGAGAAGAAGCUCCAGAGCCUGGAGGGGCAGAAGGGAGAGGCGAGGCCUAGGAUGGGGAAAGCAGUGAGUGUAAGUCUGGGUUCAGUUGGACUUUUUGAUGACACUGGCAGCUUUGCUUCUGGACCCCCUAAGUAUAAGGAUAACCCCUUUUCUCUGGGAGACGGCUUUGCUUCCCGCUGGGACACAGACGCCUCCUGGAGUGUGGAGAGGCUGGAGGAGAAGGAACCGGAGGUGACCAUCUCCAGCAUCCGGCCCAUUGCAGAAAGACCCACAAACCGCAGAGAGGUCGAGACCGGUCAGCUGGAAUCUACAAGCCUCAGAGUUUUGGGCGCAAAGCCUUCCGAAUGUUUUGGGAGGGAGUUGGAUGCGGUUUUGGCAGCGCCUAUUCUGGUGGACUUUUUGGGAGGGCGGAUUGGAGCCCAUGGAGCAGCAGGCGUGUCUCUGGGAAACGUGCUCCCUGCUGCCGACAUUGCCCAGUUCAAACAGGGAGUGAAGUCUGUGGCUGGGAAGAUGGCGGUCCUGGCUAAUGGGGUGAUGAAUUCUUUGCAGGACCGUUAUGGUUCCUACUGACCUCGGGCCCGGGGUGGCUCCCGGUGGCAGUGGCAGUAGUGGCAACGCCAGCAGCAACAGCAAGAGAAAUCUGUGUUCCCUUGAGCAGGGAUGCUAGCCCCAUGGUAGUUGUGGGGGGUGUGUGUGUAUGUGCGCGCGCGCAUGCGUGGGCACGCCAGCGUCAGGUGAAGGGAAGGGCCAACGCCAGCCCCUCGUCCCCUCCCGCCCCCUCGCCCCCAUCCCCUUCCUGUCCGACCCUCUCCUCCUGGGUGCUAGGUCAAUGUCCGUCUUCCUUCCCGCCCGCCCUCCCUCCACCACAGCUGCUGCUCCCCGUGUUCCGCUGUUCUGGGGAAGGAGAGCCUUCUCCAGUGUCUCCCGGGGCUGGGCGUCUCCACUCUGUUCCCUGCCUCCCCGACCUGAGGAAGGGAAGCUCCGAGGGUCUCGGGGUCUCUAUAGUAAGGCUGGGAGGUGUCCCUUUGGACCGGCUGGCUGCCUUUCAGACCAGAGGGGAAAUUCGGCUCGGUUCUUGUACUGUCUGGGCUCCUGAGGGAGGGAGGGAGGGAGGCCGGCCUGGACAGAGGCCCCCAGGAAAGCGCCUGUCCUGGGGCGCUGGGAGGGGAGAGCCUUGCUUGGAGUUGCCUCUGAGGGCUAGGACCGGAUCUCGUCAUCUACGAACGCUCGGUAUGGAGCCCAAGUGGAGGCCCCUGUGAUUUCCCUCCUGCACCCCCACCCCUACCCCUAUUUGCACUAAUCACUUCUGCCUUCACAGUGGGGGGAAGCCAUGUCCCUUCCUCUCCCUCCUCUCCUGGGCUAUGCCCUGGGCCAGGGGUCGCAGCUCCGCCCACUUAACCUACUGUCCCAGGGCCUGGGCGUCGUGCCACAGCUUUGGAUGCCGCGAAGCCCCACAACCCGGCCCCUGCCUGGGUCCUCUCCACGGUCCGAGCUGUGGUCUCAGUGCUGGGGCAGGUACAGCCCGGGUCCCCCCGGUCCCCCUUCCUGCCCAGCUGCUGCUGGGAGCAGUGAGAGCCGGGGAAGGGGGGGGGGGGCAGGCUCUGGGGCAGAGUCUGCUUUCCCUGCGUGGGCGCUCGGCGGUGUGGACUGCGCCCCUGCUCCGAGGUGCCUGCAACCGGCCGCCAAGGGCCACGGAGCUGCUGGGCAUCCUGGGACGCUCUCCUUCCCCCCUUCCCCCAAAGGGACAUGACUUGCUUUACGGACUGUUUGUAUUAUUUGAAAAAAGCGGUGUCAAUAAAGCCCAAGCUGGGUCCAGGCCCUCUUUGGUCUGAGCGGACAA